UUCUUCAUUCAAGAUUUGCUCUUUGUCUCUUCACUCUAGCUUUUUUCUUCUUCUUUCGUCGCUUCGACUUAAUGAGAUAAUAAUUCUCUUUUUACAAUUCGCUCAUUUUGUCAUUUAUUUUAUUAUAUUUAUAACAUCUUUUUAUUUCUUUCCUGCAAUAACCCCAUCAAUCAAAUUUUUUAUUUAGAAUUCUCCUGUUGAACUUUCUUCCUCCAUGUAGGAAACUUCCUUGAAUUCAAAACCCAAAACAGGAGGCAAAAUUCUUUGCUAAAUACUAUAUAUAUUAGAUCCAUAAUCACCAGAAAUUAUAUUAAGAUCAGAGUUCAUAUCCAAGUUUAUCAACAUGGGUGAAGUGAAGGUGAUUGGCUCAACUUUAAGCCUUUUCUGCACAAGAAUUGAAUGGGCUCUCAAGCUUAAAGGGGUUGAAUAUGAAUACAUAGCAGAAGACUUAAUGAACAAGAGUCCAAUCCUUCUGAAAUACAAUUCUGUGCAUAAGAAGAUCCCUGUGUUGGUUCGUAAUGACAAACCAAUUGCUGAAUCACUUGUAAUUCUUGAAUAUAUCGAUGAGUUCUGGAAGGAAAAGUACCCCUUACUACCUGAAGAUCCAAGUGAGAGAGCCAUGGCUCGUUUCUGGGCUAAAUUUGCUGAUGAGAAGUGUGUGAUGGGUGCAUUCGGAGCUUGCUGGAAAGAAGGAGAAGAAAAGGACACGGCAGUGGAGUCUGCAAUAGAAAAUUUUGCAUAUCUUGAGAAGCAGAUUGAAGGAAAGAAAUACUUUGGAGGAGAAGAAAUAGGAUAUCUGGAUUUAGCAUUGGGGUGGAUUCCUCACUGGCUGAAUGUAAUGGAACAAGUUGGAGAAAUGAAGGUGGUUGAUGGUGAAAAGUUGCCAUUGCUUAAUGAGUGGUGUCACAACUUCAUCCAAGUUCCGGUCAUUUCAAAAUUGUCCACUUUUCCGUCUCACAACUGCCCACUUUCCAGACUAGGAUAAAGUUUAGAGCAAAAC